GCGUCGCGACGCCGGGAACCAACGUGCAUUUUCUAUUUAUAUCGACAACACACUCCCCACCACCCACACCGCACCUUACGCAUGCGCAAAAUAGGAAAACGUCGAAAGUGAAAAUUGCACAUCACGGUUUUGAUCAGUGUAAGGCUCCGUGUAAUAUCAGUGCAAGUGAAGCACUAAUAAGCACCUCGACGGCCGGCGUCGCAGGAUGGCUAAUGCCCACCCGGCGACUGCUGACGUCUUUGCGGCGCUUAACGUAUCAGCUGAGUCGCCGGCGAAGGGAGCACAAUCGUGACGUUUCGUGGAUCGCAUGGCCAAGGAAACCGGCAUCACGAUGGCGUCCACAAUGCAGCUGGAGUUUACACAAGCGAUGACCGAUUUUAAGACAAUGUUCCCGGACAUGGAUGACGACGUAAUAGAGGCAGUGCUCCGUGCGAAUCAGGGCGCUGUUGACGCGACGAUCGAUCAGCUGUUAGCGAUGAGUACCGAUAACCAAAACGAAAGGUUGCGUCUUGAGAUGGAACGCGUGGAAAAUAGUACACCUUCGCGUCGUAAGGACCGACGAACCGGGACCAAACCAGCUGAAAACGGAGAUGAAAACGACACUACUGCACUUGUAGAUGUCGAUGAAGAAUCAAUACCGUUAGCGAUAAAGAAAAAAUGGGUGCCAAGAAUGCUAGGUCCCUUACCACCCAUGUUCCUUAGAAUCCCCCCAUGCACAGACGCAAGGAUCGAUCUUAGCCUGGAAAUGGACGACGACAGGAUAGCUACCUUCUUACAAAAUGAAGAGUUUAUGGCAGAGUUGAGAUGGAACCAAGAGUUCAUGGCAGCUUUGGACAGUGAACAGGGCAAGGCUAAGGGGCAUGAUGACGAAGCCGUCUUUAAAGAGCGGCUUAGGAAUAUGGGAAAAUUAUCUCGGAAGAAAUUUGCGCAGCUCACACGUUUAUUCGGACGAGGUGGUCUGCGGCGCAAUGCCCAUCCACGUGCUUCUCCCCGCGGCCCUCCUGAUAGUUUGCUGCUCCAAGAAGAACACUCAGACGACGAGGACCGCCCUCAAAAUGCUAAGAAGGUUUAAUCUCCCUGAAAACGUCACCGGUAAAAUAAAUCUUCAGGACUUCUAAAACUCACGCAGGAAGAUCAGAAGUUAGGUAUGAGGCCUGUAAUUUCACGAAUUGUUAAAACAUGACAUUAUGUUCUAUGUGAAAACUUUUAUAGACCUGUCUUGCACCAAACCAAAAGACGAUGAUAGACGGCCCGUUACAGUAAUACUUAAAUGGUGAUUGUGGAUUUCUUCUGUCUGGGACCUUCUUGAGGUGGAAGGUGGAAUCCAACAAAAUUCAAUUGACUGAAUAUUACCUUAGCGUAAGAAUAUAAAUCAGAUUUCGUAUGAAUACCAUCCCGACGUUACUGAAAUGGGGUGACCUGGUUUAAUAGCACAGGAAUAAUGUGGUCAUAUUGCCCUACCGUUGAAGAUAGUUAGACUGAUUUUCAAUUAAAAAUAAAUACUUUGUUAUACUAUGAGUCUAAGAAUGAUAAAAGACAUGGGUUUCAAUAUCAUGAUAAAAAUAUACAAAGAAAUGCUUUUAAUUAAAAUUCCAGUGUUUGUUGAGAAUCUCAGAAUGAAGGCCUUAUAUUGGAAGGUUUAACAAGGUUUCGGAUAAGACUGGGUUUGUUAAUUAAGAAUGAUAUAAAGUAUGAUUUGAUUAUAUAUUAUUGCCGUUUUAUAACAUGACAAAUACCGAUGGUGAAAAGAAGAAAUAUGUAUUUAGAAAUAUGAGGAACGACAUAGUUUUCCUAAGAAGGCUGACAAAUAUUUGUUGUAAAACAUACGCAUUUGUAGAUAGUUAUCUAGAUAAUGUAAAUAACUGUUGUAAUGUAAUAGAUUCGAUAAGUAGAUUGCUUUCGAGUUGGCCUCUACGAAUUCAGUUACCGUUAAGAUUCUCGUUAGGUCUCCCUGCUGAUCUCUCUAGCAAUUUAGAGAAUAUGCGCUAUUAUUCCCUUCUCCCCCCCCCACUCCUGGGGCUCACGCUCGUCAAAUUAGAUUCACUUCCUAUACAUUAGGGGCAUACUGCCCUCAACUACACGUAAUUGAGGCUUAUCCAUUGCCGCUUUAUUAUAAUCGACGAGAUAUAUCAAUGUCUCUAAAUAGGAAAUAUGUAUUUAAAAAAUACUUAGUUAUUUUUAUACUAAAAUAAAUGAUACACACUUUCAAAAUUUCAGUCAAUUCUUGAACAAAUAGUAACAUCUAAAUGAUGAAAAAGGAUUGUCUUCGUUUCUUUACACGUAACAUUAUUUGAAAAACUGAGCUAUUAAUAGUAAUAAAACCAUUGAUUUUCUUAUUAUAUUAUAGAAACAUAGGUAAAAGAAUUUAAAAAAAUGAUGAUGAUGUAUUUAUUUAUUUUCCAAAUUCGAUUAACGUUUUUUAAUUACACUAGAAAUAAAAUCGCAGCGCUACUCAUAAAUGAAAUAAUUCUUAAUCAAAGUACAUAAACUAAAUAUAUUUUUUCUUAUAUACUCGUACCUCUUCCUUGAUAAAUAAUAAAAUCCCUGAGACAGUUUGUGAUUCCAAAUAAUUUCUAACCAUAUUAUUCCCAUAAUACUGUAGACUAGCGAUUAGUAGAUUUCAUAGCUAAUUACUUUUCGAUUGUUUUUAAAAAAAAAUAGUUUUGUAUAAAGCAAUAAUUUAUCAUUUAAUUGGGUAAAAAAAUACGAUUACUCUUGUUCUUAGUUUAAGAUUACUUUUAAGUUUUUCCAUGAUAAUAACAUCUUAUACUUGACAUGUUUUGAACCCAACUACAUAUAAUGCAUUAUAUCAAAAUAAAAACCGGUUGUAUGUUAUAUAUGUUGCAGCCAACUGGUUAGAUCAGCCGAUCAAUAGGGGCAGGGGCAAUGCAGGCCUAUUUUUCUAGUUGAAUCACUAAAGGUUCAUUUAGUUUUGUUGUGUUUAAAAAAAAUAACCUCGAAUUUUAAGACGAUCGCUGCUUUACGCUUCGUGAUCGUCUUAAAUUUCUAACCCUACGUGACCUACAGGACCUAAGUAACUUUGUUGUCUAUAAUUUUUUGUUGUUAUUAAUAAUUUAUUAUUAAAGUUUAAGCUUAACCUACUUGUAUAAUUGGUGUACUGUACGUUAGCACUAUAUAUUGGAUCAUAAUUAACACCCAGUCGCAAUUAAGAGUUUUAUUUAAAAUCACCCACUCUACGCUCUAUUUAUUGUAUUUGAUGAAUUGACAAAUAAUUAGUUAUUUGACUUUUGUUCAUCCUAAUAACGUUGCGUCCAUGUAAUCGGCUGAUCGUAUUCAAUUAAAGGGCUAGCCGCCCAAUUGGACUUUUGAUUUACUACUUGUCUGUGACAUAUAUACGUUAUGGACCAAGUGAUAAAUUGGGCAUUAUACAUAAUGCCCGUUUAUUUUGAUAAAUUCCCAAUAUGAGAGAGCGAUUUGAUAAUGAUUAUUCAAAUAAUCAAAUUGACCGGGCAUAAUAGAUACUGUUCAUUGCUUUUUGGGAAAAUAAUAAAAAUAUAUUUAAUUAGUAAUUUUUCAAUACCACGUCACGAAUAUUGUAGUAAGAAAUCUGUCAACAAGUAUACCUAACAGUCACCUUUUUUUUCAUUUUAAUAGUAGUUAUAGUAAUAGGAGAAACAUCUGUAAUAAAAUAUCUUUUCGAUUUCUUACUAUGAUAUCUAAUAUUAGCCUAAUGAUAUGACUGCUAGCCAAAUGACUGACUAUAAACUGCGUAAUGUUUCAACCAUAAAUCAGAGACAGUCUUCAAGCAAGACAAUGUUUUAUUGAUUGCUUAUACCGUCUCCAAAAUAUUAUCUAUGAAUUGUUAAAAAGUCAAUUAGUUCAACCUGCAAACAAUUUGUAAUGAUGAUAACUGUUAGUUAUACUUGCAGCUCGCGUAGCAUGACGGAAUCAAGAAGGUUUUGUCUACAAUCAAAUGUUACUUUUUUUGGGUCCAUACAUUAUUUCAAUCUUGAUCCGAAAAAAGUAUUAUUUGAUGUAGACAAAGCGUGUCUCGAAUUUGCCUUGCUACGCCUGCAGGCCUUCGAAAUAAAAAUAAUAUUGUAGACGAAACGACAUGAUUUAAAUACUAUAAAGUCUGAAUGAUAUUUAGCCCUUUUUGCCUGACGUAUCUCCGCGCGGAUUGUUUUUAUAUAUGUAUUUAGUAUGGGAAUUAUUACAUUGACCCUGGUUUGUCAAACAAAUGUAUGAAACCAGUACAGGCGCGUAGCGACACGCGGCGCAAGCUAAAUAUAGUCCAACCUGCGUCUACCGUCGAGAUUUGUUACAUAAUUUGCUUAAUAGUUAUAGUUAAUAAUUUCUCUUAUAACUUGUGCAUUUAUUUGUAAUUAAAUGUUGAAAACAGUUGUGCAGUUUAUUAUUUUAACUAAAGAUUUUCGGCGACAUUACAUAGGCUUUAUUUGUAUUGGAUUAGAUCCUGUUUGAUAAAACAGCUUAAUAUUCGAGACAUCAAUAGAGAAACCCAAACAUUAAAGAAACAUGUAGGUAAGCAGAAAAACAACUUCAUCGAAAGUGUCCUAUUUCUUAUACACGAUAUGAAUGCGAAAGUAUGCCUAUUGACCCUUUGUACAGUACAUAGGUACACACGAUAGCAUGUCAGCAGUGCUAUUCGAAAUUGAAAAUACAAUGCCGAACACAACACUGCCACAGCAUUGGAGAUUGAAUCGAAUUUAAUCUAUAUUAUCUUUU